UGGAAAAGGGACAGAGCUGUACAGGAUCUCUCCCCCACCCGCAUACAGUCCACAAGUGUCCUCUUCCUGCCCACUGAAAGUAUGGAAGGUGCCAGGAAGGUGCUCAUGACGCAGGUGCAGAAUUUGCCCAAUGUGGUCCUCUUCUGCUCUAUUGUCCUUUUCCUACUUGUUGCAAAGAACAAAUGGGAGUCUCUUGAGACACAUGACACCAAGCUCAAGGGCAGCCCGGAUUUCGCAGGCAAUCAAAAGAGUGCAAUAGGAUUUGAAUGGGAAUCUACACUGGAGAGAACAAAGGAGACCAAGCCUUCUGGUCUGAUUCCCCCACCACCACCAGUGGCCACGCGGCAUCCCUUGGAGGUUGUCUAUUCCACUGAUUAUAAGUUCCUUCUCAACGAGCCAAACAAAUGUCGGGAGAGGAGCCCUUUCUUGAUCCUGCUGGUGAUAACUGAGCCCCAGCAUUUUCCCACAAGGCAGGCCAUCCGACAGACGUGGGGCAACGAGAGCUUGGUGCCUGGGGUUUCCAUUCUUCGUCUCUUUCUGACGGGUGUCCACCCAAAAUUUGGAUACCCACUCCAGGCCCUUUUGGAAGAGGAGAGUUCCAUCCACAGAGACAUUAUUCAGCAGGACUUCCUGGAUACCUACAACAACCUUACCCUCAAGACUCUGAUGGGCAUGGAGUGGAUAAGCAAGUUCUGCCCCAAUGCCACCUACGCGGUGAAGGCAGACAGUGACAUCUUUCUCAAUGUGAACUACAUGGUAUCCCAGCUGCUGCAGCCUCACCUGCCACCCAAGAAGAACUACAUGACAGGGUACAUCUACUGGAAAACAAAGCCACUGCGUGACAAGGCCUCCAAGUGGUAUAUGCCACGGGAGGUGUACCCCAAUGAGACCUACCCACCCUACUGCGCAGGUGCAGGGUAUGUGUUCUCUGGGGAUCUGGCCAAGAAGAUCUACCAGGUAGCAAAAACCAUCAAGGUCAUUAACAUGGAAGAUGCCUUCAUGGGAAUCUGCCUGUAUGAGCUGGGCAUCAGCAUGACAAACAGCCCCUGGGGUUUCUUCAACAUGUUCAGAGUCAAGUAUGAGAAGUGCAAGUUCUCCAAGAUGGUGGUUGUGCAUGGCUACGGGCCAGAGGAGCUGCUGCAGAUUUGGCCAGACCUUCGGGACCAGAACCAGACUUGCAAGAGUUAAAAGGGAGGGAGGUGAACAGACACACAUCCUCUUGUGGAGAAGUUGGCAUAGAGGACUGGCAACAUGCGGGCAUGUUCCUGUACAAUGGACAAAUCCAUGCCAACAAAUUGCGGUGAGGAAGGGAAGGAUGGCUCAGAGAAGAAGGAAGAUUCUGUGCUUGUCGAAAUCUGUAUUUAUGCCCUCAGAAGAGAUCUGGCCCCACAUAACAUGCUCAUCGUGCAGUGUGGUUUGUUGCCAUUCACACUGCUCUCCUCCCCAUAGAAUCUCUGCAGCUGCCCAUAGCAACUUGUUUGGUCUGCUCUUAACUGACCACUGUGCUACUAAUGUGCCAAAUUGACAAUGCAUGUGUGGCUCCAGGCAUAGGGUUGCCAUACAUCCAGGAAUUCCCAGAAAUAUCCUCUUCGGGGGUCCCACAUUCCCAUUCAGGGGUAAUUAUACAUUUUAAAGCAAUUGUUCACGAUUUUGGGUUUUUUAAAAAAUAUAUAUAUACACUUUUUGUGUGCAAGCAGUUCUGUAUGUUUACCUCUUAAAUAUGGCAACCAAAAAAAACCCCAACAAUUUUUGUGUCUGCAAAACCCUACACUAGGACAAUGCAGAGUUCACCUGUUCCAACAUAUUGAAAUGCAGCCUGGUCAUCUUUAGAGUAAUUUUAAGCAGAUCAGUAGAAGUUUCCUUCACAGUAGGAAGCCAUACUCCACAUAGGACAUGCCUCUUUGGAUUGUUGCCAGUUAUGCAAAAGACUUAUUUGUCAUCUUCUGUUGCUUUUUCAUAUAUAU